GAAUAUGGAAAUCCUUGAAUUAAACAUUGAUCAAACAUUCAGACAGCUGAAUAAAUUCCUGAAAAAACAUUAUCAGAAUCUGCACGAACAGUUCACUUUAUCUGUUUCCGUCUGCUCCUUCACAAUAAAAGCCCCGCACCGGAACACUGGUGAACUAAUAUCGUACAUUAGGUUGUUCAGCUGUAGUAAGACGGCAUUGCAGGCCUAGCUAGAAAAUGCACGGCCCUGCACUGCAUAAACCUUAUAAUAAAUGGUUUUGUAAUGUGUUUUAACGGCUUGAAUGUAGUUAAAUAUUGGAAAAGCUUAUGAAGAAGUACAGUUAACCAUGCACAAUAUAUUCCACUGGUUAUUGAGUCGUCUUCACUCAUUCAUUCAUUAAGCAUUCAUUUAUUCAAAUUAUAUAAAGCGAUUUUAUGUUGUCUUGGAAAUUGCAGAUUAAUGAGUAAACUAGUGUAUCAUCAAAUUAGUAUAGUGUUUAUGCACUGCACAUAGUUUGUAUGUUGAGUAUUUGUACAUGCUGUAUUCUCCCUUCAAGAGGAACAAAUGCGCGGCGCUGCGUGUGCAAACCGGAAGCUUUAGCGGGAACACCAGGUCAGAGCAGCCGCACUCUGCCAAGAAGCGCUCCUCGCGUCUCGCGCAGCUUGUGAGGACAAAGCGCGUGAGCUGCGCGCGUGGAUGCGGACGCGUCGCUCUGUGUCGAUGUCUUUAGCAGAAGGACGUCGUUUGGUUUACAAGCGGGGACUCACUUCCGGUCACGUUCGUUGUCCUUGUCAAGUGUGCCCUUCUCCCCACUGUUACGGACGUUUCUAGACGUCAUGUUGUUGUACACCAGCUGAUUUGUCGGUAGAUGUCAUCGAUAGCUAGUCGUAGCUCUCUGGUUGUUAGUAGUGUGCAUGCAGUCCAGGUGAUUACAAUAAAUACAUUUUAAAAAACAGCAGGAAAGGUAAAUCAUUCUACUUUUCACACACGUCAUGACGUUUCUUAUGAGGAAGCUGCACAGCAUCUUUCUGAAGAUCGCCCUGUUUCCGAGCACGUUGGGCAGCACCGGCCCGCGGCCAGCCGCCUCAGAGGUGCUGACCUGCCACCUGCUGCAGCGGGACCUCCCGCCGUGGACUUCGUACUGUGUCCGCUACAGCUCCGUUCACAACGACCAGUUUGGACUGUCCAACUUUAAUUGGAGAGUCCAGGGAUCCAACUACCAGAUACUGAGAACAGGCUGCUUCCCCUUUAUAAAAUACCACUGUAGCAAAGCGCCUGCACAGAACCUGGACUUUGAGGACAGAUUUUUCGCCGUGUUGAAAGUUCUUAAUCUGGGCAUCCCUUGCUUGGCGUAUGGCAUUGGCUGCUGGAUGGUGGUGGGAGCUGCAGAGACAGUGCAGACGAGUGUUGGACCUGUCACGGUCUAUUUUGCCUACAAAGAAGAAGAAGGUGCACAGUACUAAACCAUGAAUACAACUAUUUUGAGUGUUUUUUUCAAGAGACUCUUGUCUGUCAAGCUGCUGGACACAUUGACUGAAGGGCCAUCGUAUGUCACUGGUGCUCUUAUUGUGUGACUGCACUGUUUCAUUAUUUAAGAUUGAAGAGUAGUGGAGGAGUCAGCAAUGCAUGUUAUUACACCGACACACAAUACUUGCAUGUACUGUUUGUUCGGAAGGCUGACUUUACAUUAACAUUUAAUCGGGGAAAGUUUAGGAUUUCUGCGAGUGUUUGACGCUCUACCCCCAUUUCCUGCAUGUUUGCAAAGCGAUGUUCGGGAACGUGGUAUCAGCCUCCAGUAGGUUACGCAUGUCUGCAGUCAAUCAUUGUAAACGUAUGUUUUUUGCCACACAUAUUAAAGGGUGUAAAAUGACAAUGAUGAUUUGGCUGUAAUGGUUUUCCUGCCACGCAGACUUAACGCCACUCUUGAAAAAUAUAUAGUUGUAAAUAAGGUAAUUUUCUGAAAUAAAUCUUAAAUAUUUAAGUGAUA